AACCCACCAGGUGCCACCCCUCCUCCCUCAUUCAGAGCCCAAAACUGGCUUAUCAUCACUCCUCUACGAGUGGAAUUGCAGGGGAAGAGGCACCACGCAAAUCCACCUCUGUCUUUUUUUCUGAAGAGAGAGAGAGAAAAAAAAAAAGUUCCUUCUUUAGCUGUGCUACAAAGUGACACACAGACAGAAGAUGUUCAAUUACAGGCGAUGCAGUAACUUCACCUGGAAUGGCACCCUGAAGGACCUGGGGAAUCGCUACGGUUGCGGUGAGCGGAUUAGGCCAGUCAUGGCAGCCCCGAGUUCCAGUGGACUAGAGGUGCUGCUGACCACACUGCAGGAUGCAGGUGACAUGGAGAGCACUCUCAACAUCCUCAAUGUGCUGGAUGAACUGCUCUCUGCUGGCACUGACAGACGGAUCCACUACAUGAUCUCUAAAGGGGGCAGCGAGGCUCUCCUCAUAGCUCUGGUGAACACAGCACACACCAUCCCACCCAAUUACACCUUACUGCUGCCUAUUCUGCACCUGCUGGCCAAGGUUGGACACAGAGACCGCAGGAUUGGUGUGAAGGCGGAGAAGGCCGAGGCGGUGCUGCUGAUGCUAGGGUUGCUCCGUCAGAAUGUGAGGGAUGUCAGGAGAGCUGCCGCCUGUCUGUGGGUGAUUCAGGUCUUCUGCACCUCAGUCUCCACGGCGACGCUGCUGGGGAAGAACAGAGGGCUGGAUGUCGUGUUUCGGCUGAUACCUACGCACACCACCAAACACAUACGCACCGUCAAGGCUGCCAUUGAUGCGCUGGCUGCACUUCUGCGCUCAAAGGUGAACUGCAGGACGGCUGUGUCUAAAGGCUACAUCUCAGCUCUGCUGAAGCUGUUUGCAGACUGGCACAAUAAUGACACAGACCGUGAGCACCUCCUUAUUCAGAGGGCCCUUCUGCACUGCCUGCACCGGGCCACUAACACCAGCCUGGGUAGGAGCUCCCUGGUGGCCGAGGGCGGUAUUGCACUCCUCUUUCAGACCACACAGACCUGCAUGUUUACCAGAGGCAUGGAGUCUCUGGUGGAGCCAGCGGUGCAGCUGAUGAGAAAGUGCUGUCCCAAGUGUCCACUGCCCCUGGCCUCUGAUAUGAGUGUCUACCGAUUCCCUCUACCAGGCGGGACCCUCAGCAACUGUGAGUCGACGCCUGGAACUCAAGGUGAGAGCUUUGAAGAUGACAGUGACAGCGAUGUUGAAAAUGAAGAUGCAGAGAAUAGAGACUAUGAGGAAGACCUGGAGACAGACCUUGAGUCCCUGCGGCAGCGGCCUGAACCUGACCGACCCCUGGAGCAGCUGGGCCAGUACGUGCGCCUCUGCCCCGAGCUCCACCACGACUUUCAGGAGCUGGACUCAGGCUCGGAGUCAGAGGAGAGUUCUGACGAGGACAGUCUCGUAAACGGGGACAGCGGUGACCGGUGGCUGAAGACAGGACGCGGCUCCCCGCGGCGGGAACCCGGAGUCUCCGUCCAGACCCCGUUGUCCUGUACUCCUCGAAAUGGCCACACCCCGUCCAUCUUGAGGGGCGAGGGUCACGGCACGCCUGAGGAGGACAAACACAGAAUGAAGGUCAAAGACCUCCACAGGCAGUGCCUGAGCUCCCAUGAGGAGGGUCAUCGCAGUAUGGUGGAUCGGCUCCUGGAGAAGUUCGGCUCCUGCAUCCCACACCACGACCCCCGGCUGUACGCUGCUGCCGCCGCCAACACCAGCUCCAUCGCUGGCUACUCCAUCCUGGCCUUCCCAGACUUCUGGGGCCAUCUCCCCCCACCAGGGCCAGAGCCCAUGGCCAUCCGAAGACCCAAUGUGCAGAGAAAGAAAGUGCUGGAAGAUAUCCAACGGUUUCUAUGCCCUGAAGACAUCAUUAAUAAAGUUGUCUUUGACUUGGAGGAUCCUAGUGCUCAGUGUUCCUCUGACCACAAGGACUCCCUGCGUUUCUUCUCUCAGUUUGAGUGCGGCAACCUGCGGAAGGCUGUGCACGUGCGCAGCUAUGAGUAUGAUCUGAUUCUGAAUGCUGACGCCAACACGUCCCAGCACCACCAGUGGUUCUACUUCGAGGUGAGUGGUAUGGUAGCCAACGUGCCCUAUCGCUUCAACAUCAUCAACGGUGAGAAGACCAACAGCCAGUUCAACUAUGGGAUGCAGCCGGUGCUGUUCUCCGUCCGAGAGGCUUUGGAGGGCCGGCCUUGUUGGGUGCGCACCGGCACUGAGAUCUGCUACUACAGGAAUCAUUUCCAGCCCAAUAGUUGCCAGAAAGACUCGUGUUUGUACACCCUCACCUUCACUGUGACCUUUCAGCAUGAGGAGGACGUCUGCUACCUGGCUUACCACUACCCCUACACAUACUCAGCCCUUCAGGCCCACCUGCAGAUGUUGCAGCAGUCAGUGGAUCCCCGUAAGGUGUUCUUCAGACAGCAGAACCUGUGCAACACUCUGGCAGGAAAUGCUUGCCCCCUCGUCACCAUCACUGCCUGCCCCUCGUCCCGCACCUGGAAGAGUUUGCACCAGCUCCGUAACCGUCCGUGUGUGGUGCUGACGGCGCGGGUGCACCCAGGGGAGAGCAAUGCCAGCUGGGUGAUGAAGGGCAGCCUGGAGUUCCUGUGCAGCAGUGACCCUGUGGCUCAGAGCCUUAGGGAGGCCUUCAUCUUCAAGAUCAUCCCCAUGCUCAACCCAGAUGGGGUCAUCAACGGCACUCACCGCUGCUCACUGAUUGGUGAGGAUUUGAACAGACAGUGGAAGAAGCCAGACCCAGUCCUCAGUCCCACCAUCUACCAUACCAAAGGGUUCCUGUACUACCUCAACAGCAUCGGCAGGACGCCUCUGGUGUUCUGUGAUUACCACGGCCACUCCAGGAAAAAGAACGUCUUCCUCUAUGGAUGCAGUAUGAAGGAGACACUCUGGCAGUCAGGCUCCUCAGUCGACACGGCAACACUCAAGGAGGACCCAGGAUACAGGACGAUUCCCAAGACUCUGGAUCGUAUCGCGCCAGCGUUCUCCUUCAACAGCUGUAAUUACCUGGUGGAGAAGUCCCGAGCGUCCACGGCCCGAGUGGUUGUGUGGAGGGAGAUAGGCGUCCUCCGGAGCUACACCAUGGAGAGCACCUACAACGGCUGCGACCAGGGCAUCUAUCAGGGCAUGCAGCUGGGCACUCGUGAGCUGGAGGAUAUGGGAGGGAAGUUCUGCCAGAGCCUGCUGACGCUCCGAAAGAGCACCAUGCUCUACGAUAGCAAAGUCAUCAGCCACAUGGCACUGCUGGACGACAGCCUGAUGGACCACAAGUCACACAACUGUUUUGUUGAUGAUGAGCCCCCCUGUGUGGAGGAGAUUGAGUACCAUUCCCACGUCACCUCUGACCUCCCUGGCAAUGACUUGGAUUCAGAGGUCAACGCCAACAUGUCCAGCCCGGAGAACGACAAUAUGGACAAGGACGGCGACAAGCAGAUGCCGCGUUGCCAUGGGAACGACCUCAAGUCCCGCCUCUACCCCCACCUGUGUCGCCCAGACUCCCUGGAGUCACUGUAGGAUGGACUGAGCAUGUGCAGUAGCAACAUCUACAGCGAUGACAGGCACCAGUUGUCCAGUUGUGAAUUGAGUCACCCCCUACUUUCUUAGAAACAAAACCAAACAAAACAAAAACAAAAUGGUGAAUUCUAGAACCUUUAAGGAUUCUGUGUAGGUUCUGUAAGUUUCCUUUAAAGAAGUUGAAGAUUCUCCAUGUAAAAUGUUCUACUCAAGAAAGCGGGUUAUUUUACACCAAUUUACACCCAGCAUUGAUUUGGCCGACAUGGUGAUGUUCAGGCAUAUGACAUAAUGUAGUCCCUGUGCUUGCUAACUGGAUGUGUCACUGGAAAUUUGAGUAAUAUCUAGUGGUUUGCAAUUAGCGAGUAGCAUCAGCAUGACAAAUGCAACACACAAUUUUGUAUUGAACACAAUUAUGAGCGUCUUUGACGGUCUGAGAUAAGAUUCCCCAAGACAGUUGCUGAAGACUAAAAUAUGUUGUGUAUAAAAUAUCUUGUCUUAGAUAGAGUUUGAUAACCUAUACAUAAACACUGUGCAGACAUAAAU